CCACGUUUCUCUCCCAACCCCCCACUCUGUCGCUUCAGCUCAGCCCCAUUCAGUAGGAUGCUCUCCCUGUAGCAGGAGCCUCUCCGUCCCGCCGCGGUGAAGCUCAUGAACCUUCAGCAGACCAGCUCCAACUCAGCCACGAUAACCUGCAGAGGAACCGCCGUCCAGAGACCAUCCGCUACUUUUUCACACUUUUGGGUGAAGCAUCAUGGAGGCUGAGGGCACUGCGGGGGGCGCUGCCGAGCCCAACAUGGAACUCUUAGCACCCAAAGCGCGUGCCGGGUCACUGCACAAGCACUGCCACGAGCUGGCCGAAGCCCUGGAGGUGGAACAAGAAGGUCUGGUGGAGCAUCAGCCUCUGGAGCAGGACGACUUCAACUUCGAGAAAUGGAAACCCAAGCCAAUCCCCAAGAGGACGCUGCACGAGAAAAUCGACGACCUAAAAACGUACCUGUGGAACCCCGAGACCAAGGAGUUCAUGGGCCGCUCGGGGAAGAGCUGGAGCCUCAUUCUUUUCUUCUACUCAGCAUUGUACAUCUUCCUGGCGGCCAUGUUUGGUGGCUGCAUGUGCUGCCUGAUGUGGUCCAUCAGUCCCUACACCCCAACCUACAAUGACAGGGUGAUGCCUCCAGGGAUGAACAUGAUUCCACAUAUGCACAAUGUUCAUGGACUGGACAUCACCUUCAACGCGUCUGAUCGCAGCUCGUGGAAGAAGUAUGCACGAGCCCUGGAUUCUCAGCUUAAACCCUAUGACGAUGCAGUUCAGGAGAGGCGUAACAUUGCAUGCAAGCAGGAUGCAUAUUUCAUGCAGGAUGAUCUGGAAGAGAGCGCUGAGAGGAAAGCCUGCCAGUUCAAGAGGUCCUCGCUGGGCCCGUGUUCCGGCAUGCAGGACAGGGACUAUGGCUACUCUCAGGGAAAGCCCUGCAUCCUCCUCAAAAUGAACCGGAUUCUGGGGUAUUUACCUGGUCAGGGUACUCCGGUGAAUGUUGCAUGUGUGGUUAAAAAAGGGACGGAGGACAGUCUUGGGACUGUUGUCUUCUAUCCAAAAAACAUUUUCAACUUAAUGUAUUAUCCUUACUACGGGAAGCUCAGACAUGUAAACUACAGCUCUCCACUGAUAGCCGCCCACUUUACUAGUCUCCAUGUCGACACCCAUCUACAUGUUCAAUGUAAGCUAAAUGGGAAGGGUAUCAUCAAUGAUUCACCUACUGACCGCUACCUGGGCAGCGUGUCCUUCUAUCUAGAAGUGGGAGCGUAGUGCUGGAGCAGGCCUGCAGUGUACAUUAUACAUUACGGUUACAUUAGUUCCAGUGUACGUCCGUUCCUCUGUGCCUUCCACUUGAAUUUAAUGCAGCGUUAUUGCAUGCAGUGUACUUGCCCUCGCACGGAACGCUCCAGCAGGCUAGUGUAGUUAAACCUAAGAGCAAACACUGCCGUUACUGAAUAUAAUAUCUAGAGUUUUCUCUUUUUUGGGGGGGGAGGAGGGGGAAGAAGAUUUUAUUUCAUCACGAUUAAUAUUUUCUAGAUUAGUCAAUAACUGUAAAUGUAGUUGGUUUGAGAUGCAGAUAUUUACACUGUACAGGGUGGAGUGUGCCUCGCCUCACUUUACUGUAGGAGAUUAACUCGUGAGUCGCUGCCUUCAGUCACUGGUACAUACAGUAACAUUAGCUGAAUGUGUGUAACUGUAAAUGAUGAACAGUAGGAGAUCUGUGUUGAGUUUUAUGUGACAGCGACUCCUUUGUGCUUCUUUUGUAAAAAUUUACAGGCGUUUUUCUGUCAGACCAUACAUAUAUGCAUACAUACAUAUAUACAUACAUACUGUCAGUACAAGGGUUAAUCUUGUUUAAUGGAUUCAUUUGAUCUCUUUUAUUGUAAAAAUAUAUAUCAAUAAAUAAAGAAAUAAAACAAAAAAGACGUUAAAAAGAGAAAAGAUACUUAUGUAAAUUACUUUACCACCAUUAUUAAUGGGUGCGAUGAGUUAAAUGUUAAAAAAGUCAUGUCCAGUUGGAUCUACCCAAAGUUACAUUAAUACAGUAUAUAUUGAUAUGCAAGGUCAGUGUCAGUUCAACUUUUAUCAGUUCAAAUUUCUGGGGGUUUCAGGCUUAAUUCAAAAAUUAGAAAAAAAAAAUUACUAGGUAAAAAAAGGUGUUUAAAUAAUUCUUUGUUGAUAUAAUAAAACAAGAAAUUGACUUUCAUUUGUUUUUCCUAUUUUCUAUUUUUUUUCUCCCUGAAUCUGAAUCUGAAAGUGAAUCUGACCUUUACUUAAUUUUCUGUUUUUCUCCCCAAAAUCUGAAAGUACAAUCCAACCUACUUUUAUAGCAAAAUGCAAAUAUGGAAAACUAGUAAUUAACUAAGUAAGAUUUAUUUAUAAAGCACUUUUUAAACAACUUGGAUUAAACAAGGUGCUCUACAUCAAAGAUAAAACCCAAAACAGGCAAGUACAAAAAGAAAAAUACAUGCAUAAUAAAACAUAUGAAACCAAUAAGCUCGACAGCAAGAAAUAAAGCAUGAGAAAGAAAACAUUAAACAUUGAAAAUAAUUAAUAUUACCACAGUUUUCAGACCUAAUACAAAAAAUAAAACCUAAAAUUCAUGUGAAAAUAAACAGGAACUUGUACCAAGUUUAUACCUACUUAUAAAAUUCAAAUUUAGCCUGAAACAGUCCUAAAACUGAACUGAUAAACAUUACACUGAUCAUGCUUCAUAUGAAUACAUCCUUCUGAGAAUCUUGGACCUAGUGAAGUGAAGCAUCCUUUAUAAUCUUUCUAUAAUCAUUUUAAAUUCUACUUGCUGCUUUUACAAUUUAUGGCAACAAGAGUUUCUGUUUCUACCAGUAUACUUAAAAAAUCUAAAAAAACUAAACAUUAACACUUUUUCUGGGUCUCAGGAGGAUUUAUUAAGAUAAAAUAUUGACAUUGGAAUAUAUUAAUAUGUACAAUAUUAAAAUAUAAUAUAUAAACAUAUCACAACAAGUAAUAAAAUGUGUGUUUGGAGGAUUAAAUGUUUCUUGGCAAUUAAUCUUAUACUAUUGGAAAACAAUCAGUGUUCUUAUAAAUGAGGCUCCAUUUAAAGUGAAAUUAACACAGGAUUUCCAUCAGUAUAAGAUUUAUAGCCAAGAAGCAUUUAUACAACAAAGAAAUAACAGAUAUAACAAUCUACCAAGCACAUACUUCCUUACUUUUUGUUAGAUAUUUAUAUAUGAGCAAGUCUUUGGAAGAACUUUAGUAAAGAGAGUAUAAGAGAGAGAGAGAGAGUCAGUUGUGCAGCUGUUUACUAUCAUUUUUUGGCGCUGGCAAGUUUAAUCAUUACAAAAUGUUAACUUUACAAAAUAUUAACCGCUUUCCUGGAAAAAUCCUUGUUAAGUACGACUAAGACAGAUGGAUUUGGAUUUGUUUUAUGGCAGGUGAUUAUUGCUUUUUUCAGUUCUGAACGUUUUGAAGUAAAUCUGUUAAACUAUUAAUCAGAAUUGAAUGGCAUUAAGAAACAAAACAAAAGCAAACAAUAAAAUAAUAAUAAAUAUAAUAUCAGACCCAUUAAAAGCAGAAUGUCAUAUGUUUAGCUUUGUAUCACUGUUUUGUGUGUUUUUUAUAACAAUCAUUUAUUUGUGUUAGAACUGAUUUCUUUGUACUACAUCCAGAACUAAAUUGACUUAUGUUUAUUAGUACCACUAAAUUUAUAUAAAUAUAUAUUUUUCCAAGACAAAUGUAUUUUUCCAGAGUCAAAUGUAUGAAUUGAGGAAUUCAUGAUCUUAUCAGUGAUAUUAUAAUUUUUUUUUUUCCUUUCUGAAAUGAAACAUAACCUGACCUCACAGCAGAUAGUAGACAUGUUACACGCACAAACACUCCCGUGCCCAGAAUUAUACACUGCUCCAUCUCUAUAGGGUGAAAUAAAUACUGUGCCUGCUUGGUUCUCUGUGAGAAGGACUUCAACAGUAUUAUUUAUUAAUUGUGUUUGUGUAAUUGACCUGGUACAAUCAGUUAUUAACUGUGACGGAUAGAUGGAAUCAGAAGCUGCAUGUUGGUGAUUCUGUAAAUGCAGUGAAACAAACAUCGAACAGCAGACGAGUGUGCCAGCUCCUGUUUUUUAAAAAUGCACUCCUAAUGUUCUAGAUAUAAUAAAGACGGAACAGAAUUAACUAAAUAAAGCGUUUCUGUUUCAUUGA